AUGGUGGUCGGUAAAAUCGGCCGCCAGUGCAGGGCUUUGGAAGCCUGUUUUCUCGAGGCAUUUGGGGAAGUGCAUCAAAGUCGGGACGGUCCAGGCGGGAAUGCCUAUCCAGCGGGACGAGAAAUCUUCACCUUCAGCUACGGCUCUCGCCCAUUGGUACAGUCCCGGGGAGAAGACUUCCGACUUUUAUUCGAGGUCCGUGCAUCGGUUGAAUUGUUGCUGCGUUCCAGACAGGUUACCCCUCGCAACCUGCAAAGGCAGCUGCGAGAGUCAAAGAAACGCCAGGAAAAAGCAGAGAAGGAACGACAGGAGGAGCGACAGCGCGCGGAAAAAGCAGAGAAGGAACGACAGGAGGAACGACAGCGCGCGGAAGCAGCAGAGAAGGAACGACAGGAGGAGCGACAGCGCGUCGAAGCAUUGGAACAACAAACCCAACCCACUAAACUCGACGAGUACAUCGCUGCCUGCCAUUUUUUGGUGGAAAGCGUUAGGAACGCGUUCGACCUGGGAAACGGAAUAAUUUUCGAAAAUUAUCUAUAUAUUAUUAGCAAUCUUUUAAAGGAGGUCGUUUACCGCGAUACCCCAUCGACACCACCGGUUAUUCCGAACCAUAAUUUUAAUCUUAACCGGUUACGACCCGAUUAA